AUUAAUUAAGAUGAGUAGUGAUAAGAAUAAAAAAGCAGCAGAUUCACCUGAAAGCGGUGAUUCCAGCAACCAGUGGUUCUUUGAGCUCUCUGACUACUUGAAGCUGAAUGAUGAUGAUGAUGAUCAAUGGCCAGACGAUGAUAAUGUUCCACCACCACUACCAGAAGCAGAGCCAUUAUUUUUUCCCAAUACUAAUGAAGUUGGAGAUUUUGGAGCAAGUGGCAGCAGCGGCAGUAACCACCUUCAAGGGUCUUCUAAUGCUCGAGAGGUUAGUGGAAGUGAGAAGAAAGAUGCUAGUAGGGAGAGAGUUGCAUUCAAAACCAAGUCCGAGGUUGAAAUACUAGACGAUGGUUACAGGUGGAGGAAGUAUGGAAAGAAAAUGGUUAAGAACAGCCCAAACCCAAGAAACUACUAUAGGUGUACAGUGGAUGGAUGUCCGGUAAAGAAGAGAGUUGAAAGAGACAGGGAAGAUCCCACAUAUGUAAUUACAACCUACGAAGGAAAUCAUACUCACCCAACAUCGUAGAAGAAUCUCAACCAACAACCAUUGCAUACUAUAAGGAAUUACCAAACAGAGCAAACUCAUCUAGCUAGACAUACAUAGCUCUCCGGAGAAACAGAUUAACCAUCAAAUUUUGAAACCAAAAUCAUCAAUCGGAUAUCUACUACCUCUGCUUGUGGUAUUCCCUAUAUAUAUGCAUGCUUUGUAAUGUUCGCUGAUUCUCCCCAUCUCCUAGCUAGGAUAGGUUCAUUCCCCAAGUAUUUUUUACUUAGUUUUCAUCACCGAAUAUGUUUCUUAUUGGAAUUGGUUUGUGAAUUUUGUGGUAACCCCGCAAUUUUUUGUUGAUUAUGUUUUUGGUAAGGAAAAAAAAAUAUAGAUUUUAAGAAGUUCCAGCCAAAAAACACCAACGUAUAUUAUAUAGUUUGUGUAGCAUAUAUAUUCGAAUCAACCGUUUG